UGGUCCACCAGUCGCCCGCGCGCCGUGAUAUCGCUCGCACCAUGAGUGCUCAUACUCACCUCUGCUACGUGCUCCUCGCCACACUCGUACUUUAUGGGGUGGAGGCGGCGAGAGACUCUAGCUGUCCCCGGAUCUGCCCCCAGACUGGAGGCGGGGACCCAGUGUGUGGUUCUGAUAGCGUCAUAUACCGCAACUUAUGCGAGCUCAAGAAGAAAACCUGCGGCAAAGGAGUGACAGUGAAUGCCGACGGAUGUCAGAGAUCGAAGGGUUCGGAGUGUGAACAUCGUUGCGGCAAAGAGCUCGACCCUGUCUGUGGCACAGACGGCCGAACCUACCUCAAUAGAUGCAUGCUGCAAGUUGAGAUCUGUAGGUUAGGGAUCGGCCUGUCACAUCUGGGGCCGUGCAACAACAUCUCUGCGCACAGAGAGAACUGCCCAGUCAACUGUGACCAAGCGCCCAUGGACGGGCCAGUCUGUGGGUCUGAUGGUAACGUCUACCCUCACACUUGCCAGAUGAAGCUGCUGACCUGCGGCCAAGGUGUGGUUAGGACGUCCAAGAAGCACUGUCAGACUACGAGACAUUGCCGAGAGUCUUGCUGGCGAGUCUCCAAGCCUACUUGUGGAUCCGAUGGACACAUCUACUCCAACGCUUGCCGCAUGAAGGCCAAAAACUGCGGGAAACAUGUGUUCGAGGUGCCGAUGGCGUUCUGUGUAUCCCAAGAACGUACUCCAGGGGCCGCUGCUGCUUGUCCUACGUCAUGUGCCGGAGAGAGAGAACGCCUCACUUGCGGAUCAGACGGAAACAUUUACCGCAGCGAGUGUGAACUCAAGAUGCUCAAUUGCGGUUUACUGUCCAAGCGAGCAGUCAAGAAGGUAGACAUAGAGAAGUGCCGAGGUAAGCUGAUCAAGUGCAGUAAGCAGUCUUGCCCUGACAACCCUGUAGACCCUGUGUGUGGCAGUGACGCGAAGACAUACAACAGCAUGUGUCAUCUACAGGCAGCGACCUGCAUGAAGGGUGUACAGCUGGCGCACUUGGGCAAGUGUGCAGCUCUACUAGAACCUGAGAAUUGUCCUGACGAGUGUGAUGCUGACGAGGUCUCCCCUACAUGCGGAUCUGACGGAAACGUCUACAGAUCAUACUGUGAGCUGAAGAAAGCGACAUGUGGACAGCGUGUGGUAGCAGUACCGUUGCAUCACUGCGCGACCACAGCUGCGUGUAACCAGGAGUGUGGCAAAGAGCGCAACUUUGUAUGUGGCUCUGAUAACAAGUUCUACAGAAACGAGUGCGAGAUGAAGAGAGACAACUGCGGGAAACAUGUAUUCGUGGUCCCCAUGAAGAGAUGUUUGCAAGGCUUCCAGUUCAAGGGAUGCAAUCGCAUCUGUCCCACCAUCUACGACCCAAUCUGCGGCACCGACAACAAGACCUACUCCAACGACUGCUUCCUGGAGAUGGAGAACUGCAGAUCACGAGCUCUCGUGUCCAAGCAACAUCAUGGCAUCUGCGGACAUCCCGUCGACGAGCCCAAGAACUAUCUGUACUGACCACGGACAUUUCUUGCCAUCAGUAGUUAUAGUAGGUAGCCUAAAACAAUGAUUGACACUCGACGCUCAUAUUGAGUGUUGCAGGUGUAAUGUAUACAAAGCCAUCAAGUUGUAAUCAGCAGCGUCUGGUUACAAUGUUUUAUGUUGAUUGAUUUUCAUCUCGUUGUGAAAUGAGAUUGGGUUUUUAUGAGUUUCUGGCAGUAAACAUUCCAAAUUUUGUUUACAAAUCAUUUUAUUUGGGCAGUUAUUUCCUACUUUUUUUAGAAAAAGGAUUUGGAUUAUCAUCCUUAGGAAGAUUACUUAAAAGGACACAGAUGAAAUUUAUGUACAGUAAAAUUGAACUGUAAAUAGCAUAAAAUUCAUGCCUGGAAGAUUUUUAGUAUACUAGUCAAUUUACUUUGAUGAAAGUACUUUGUAUAGUCCAGAACUUGUUGAUAUGCAAACAUUUGAACUUAGCUACAUUCUCCUCUGCCACUUCUGAGCCAUAUUUGUCACUUCAAUAUUGUUUCUCGCCACUGGGUUUUAAAUUAGUAUGCCAGUAGCUUUUACUCUUUGUUAGUUACUAUCUUCAUUACUUAUAUCUUACUUAUAUACUUGUCCAUAUCUUCAUGUCAAUUGACUAUCAUCAUUCAUGUCAAUGUCAUCUAAACUAUCAGUGUAUUUUAUUCUAAACUUGUACCCUUUGAAAAUUUUCAUACCAAAAAAGAGGAUCAACAACUUUAUAUCCCUGAAUGAAUGUGAUUUGGCUUCCUUUCACUAUAUCUAAAUAAUGCUCUAUCCUGUUGUAAAUUUAUACAAGUUCCAACCAAUACAACUUCCAGUAGCUCUGGUGAAAUUCAAAGUAAUAUGUCUUAAAAUACAAAUAUGUUUAACAAUAUUUGUUAUUGAGUUUACAUUAAGAUCCAAGUAAUUCCAUCUUUGGAAUCCUUAACACUGUGUUCGUAAUCUCACUACAAACGUCUAGCCUAGUUUUAAGUUUUAUAGUUUCCAGUCAUUUAGAUUAAGAUUUUUAUCUCAUUUUUACUUUGUGUAAUGUAAUUUUAUUUUGUAGUGUUCAUCAAUCUGACGGAUUCUAAUAAUUCUCUAGAUAUUUAUUGAUACAAAUCAAACUUGAGUAUCGCUCGCUAAAGCUGUCUUCUAUAGUUUAGUGAUUGUAUAAACUAUUAUAUUUAUUACUUUUAAAUACAAUGUAUAUUGUAUUUUAAUUUGUAUUUAUACAAUUAAAUUAUCUUAAACAAUUA